CCAGUCGGUGGCGGAGAAAGGAGACCAGGGAGUGCGGGAGUGUGGAGGUGCCAGUUGUGCACUGUACAUAGUAUGCAGCGAUUACUCUUUCCGCCCUUGAAGGCAGUGAUGGGGAGCCCGUGUCUCCGGCUCUUGAUUCCUGGGGCGGCGCCUGGAACACAGUGUGGUUGCAGCUGUGGGAUCAGGCGCCCCUUGAGGCCAGGGCAAUACAGCACAAUCUCUGAAGUAGCUUUGCAACCUGGAAGGGGUACAGUGUCCCAACCUUCAAAGGCUGCUGAGCGGGUGGUGGGCCGAUGGCUCCUGGUCUGCAGUGGAACAGUGGCUGGAGCAGUUAUUCUUGGUGGAGUAACUAGGUUGACAGAGUCUGGCCUCUCAAUGGUAGACUGGCAUUUAAUAAAGGGGAUGAAGCCACCUACAAGCCAAGAAGAAUGGGAAGCAGAAUUCCAGAAAUACCAGCAGUUUCCAGAAUUUAAAAUCUUGAAUCAUGAUAUGACGUUGGCAGAAUUCAAGUUCAUCUGGUACAUGGAGUACUCACACCGAAUGUGGGGUCGCCUUGUAGGCCUCGCAUACAUCCUGCCUGCUGCCUACUUUUGGAGAAAGGGCUGGCUCACGCAUGGCCUGAAAGGACGUGUUCUUGCCCUCUGUGGUUUAGUUUGCUUCCAGGGCCUGUUGGGAUGGUAUAUGGUGAAAAGUGGCUUAGCAGAGAAACCAGAUUCCCAUGACAUCCCUCGGGUCAGUCAGUACCGCCUUGCCGCCCACCUGGGAUCGGCCCUUGUGCUUUAUUGCGCCAGCUUGUGGACCUCGUUCUCGCUGCUGCUACCUCAGCACAAGUUGCCUGAAACGCGUCAACUCCUGAGGUUGAGACGAUUUGCUCAUGGAACUGCAGGCCUGGUGUUCCUUACGGCUCUCUCAGGGGCUUUUGUGGCAGGGCUGGAUGCUGGGCUUGUUUACAACUCCUUCCCCAAGAUGGGAGAAUCUUGGAUCCCAGAGGAUCUCUUUACCUUCUCCCCUCUCCUGAGGAAUGUUUUCGAGAAUCCCACCACGGUGCAGUUUGAUCACCGGAUUCUGGGAAUCACUUCAGUUGCUGCCAUUACAGCACUCUACUUCCUCUCCCGGAGAAUUCCCCUUCCUCGAAGGACCAAGAUCGCAGCAGUGACUCUGCUAGCUUUGGCAUACACACAGGUGGGCUUGGGCAUUAGCACUCUGCUGAUGUACGUCCCAACUCCUUUGGCUGCCACUCACCAGUCGGGCUCCCUGGCUGUGCUCAGUGUUGCCCUUUGGCUCAUGAAUGAACUCCGAAGAGUCCCAAAAUAAUUCUCAAGAAUCAGCUUCCUAGGACUGAAACUGUGCUUCUGAGAGAUUAUCAGAGAACACAAGAACUUGAACUUUUCUGAGAGGAUGACCUUGGUAUACCAAGUGGUUUCCAAACUGAUCAAGUUAUUUAAAUUGUUUGCCUAUUUUUGGGACGGUCACUGAAUCAAGAAAGUCAUUAAGUAUGGUUAUGCUAAAGGUUCCUUUUUCAAUCCAUUACUUUUUGUGUUGAAAAUCGGAUUUAAUGUAGAGAAAGAAUUGUCUGUCAUUUGCUUCUUAACAGGCUGUGUCUCAGGAUUCUUAAAUGUUGACAAGCUGUUGGUUCUACAUGCAUAAUCUCUGUCUCCUUGACCUCCUGAGUCCUGGAUUCUGCCUAUGUAGAAAUUCUUUAUGGUCUCAACUUCACUUCCAUCACGUAAUGAUUCAAAGGGAUAGAUUGGCAUACCCUAAGGUAGCCAGAUAGAUAGCCUUCAGCAA